AUGACUUUGUGUCUGGCCUCUGGCCUGAACGAGAUGAGGAACUUACGACGCCCACGUCAGAAUCUCCCCAGAGCAUUAGAUCGCCUAUCAUUCGAUCCAACGACAUACUCUCGCCUCUCCACCGACAUUGGACUUCUGAACUUGGAACUACCGAAUCAAACGCCUGCCAUGGACGCCCAGUCGACUGAAGCUAUCUCACAACGUACCAGCCACUCCGGUUACGGUAUAAGCGGCGACGGGGUAUGGGUCGUGAAGGAUGGAAUGAACAUGCUUUGGCUACCUCCGGAGUAUCGCCCGGAGCAAUCGGCUGUCGUUCAGGUCGUGUACUGGUGA